AUAAAUGAAUGCACACACACUGAGGAGGACAGUCGGAUAGCAGAAUUUGUAUUAUGUAAAUUAAGACCAGGAAGCAACUAACAACACAAAGUUCAUAUGCACGACUAGUCAGAUUUUCAACGAAAUAAUUUCCUGGUGCAACACGUCAUUUACCAAUAAUUGAAAGUGAAACUAAGCCUGUCUGUAAUGCACCGUAGAAGUCACCGUAACACUGCCAACACCAGCAAGGGAGUCUGAUCUGUGACAGCUAGCAGCAGAGACGUUUUUUUUACCAAGCUGGUGACGAUGGCACUGCAGAAUUCCACAGCUCAAGUAAAGCACUAUCAGUGGAUGCUUCAUGAUGGGAGUCAGUGGUUAAAUCUGAAUCAUGAUUCUGUAAUAGAAACACACUACUGCCAACCAGGAGCACAAGGGAUUGCCCUUUUCACAUCUGAUUAUGGGCGCAUUUUUCUUGAUUUUGACAAGAUGGAGAUCGAGGGGGACCAAAUGACACCCUAUCGUCAAACCUCCUUGUCACCGGACGAAACGGAGGAAUAUUUGUGGUACUUCUUUGAGAACAGACGCUGGCAUGAGUAUGGUUCACAGGGUUCUUCAAAGAAGAAAGCUUCAGUGACAAGCCCUGACAUUGAGCAGCAGUACCAGAUCAAUCCUGAAGGGUCCUGCACGUUUACUAUUGGAAACAUGUCUUAUUCCCUGAAUUUUUCAGCAAUGACACAAAGCAAUCUCCAUACGGGAAUGCAAAGGAGGGUGAGGAGACGGCCCAAGUACAAUUCUGUGAUCCAGAAAACUAGCAGCUUGGCCAGUUUAAUUCAGGACCUGAGCCUCUCUUCAACAGUGCCCCCUGCUGGAGAUGAAGGCGUGUGGCGAGAACAUAAAGCUAAUGCCAGUGGAGUGGUUUGCUCGGUAAGCAAUGAUGAUAUUGAGCAGACCUAUCAGCAGAAUCCUCAGGGAAUAAGUCAGUUCAACAGUACAAGUAGAACAAAAAGAGAUGUGAGGCGAAUACCUAGUGAGAACCAGCAGAAAAGCAGUUCUUUACAAGGCAUGGCCCUUUCAUCAGCGGCUCCCCCUGCUGGCGGCUUUGUCUGGCAGUUCAGAGGAGAAGAAGGGGUGUGGACAGAAUAUAAAACCAAUAAUGCCUGUGGAGUGGUUUGCUCAAUAACCAGUGAUGAUAUUGAGCAGAGCUAUCAACAGAAUCCUCAAGGACAACUGCAGUUUACAGCUGGCCAGUUCAGUUACAUGUUGGAUUAUUCAGGAAUGUUUCAAGUAAACAACACAUUGGGAACAAAAAGAAAAGUCAGAAGAAUACUUUGUAGAAAUCAGCCGAAAAGCAUUUCUUUACAAGGCAUGGCCCUUUCAUCAGCGGCUCCCCCUGCUGGCGGCUAUGUCUGGCAGUUCAGAGGAGAAGAAGGGGUGUGGACAGAAUAUAAAACCAAUAAUGCCUGUGGAGUGGUUUGCUCAAUAACCAGUGAUGAUAUUGAGCAGAGCUAUCAACAGAAUCCUCAAGGACAACUGCAGUUUACAGCUGGCCAGUUCAGUUACAUGUUGGAUUAUUCAGGAAUGUUUCAAGUAAACAACACAUUGGGAACAAAAAGAAAAGUCAGAAGAAUACUUUGUAGAAAUCAGCCGAAAAGCAUUUCUUUACAAGGCAUGGCCCUUUCAUCAGCGGCUCCCCCUGCUGGCGGCUAUGUCUGGCAGUUCAGAGGAGAAGAAGGGGUGUGGACAGAAUAUAAAACCAAUAAUGCCUGUGGAGUGGUUUGCUCAAUAACCAGUGAUGAUAUUGAGCAGAGCUAUCAACAGAAUCCUCAAGGACAACUGCAGUUUACAGCUGGCCAGUUCAGUUACAUGUUGGAUUAUUCAGGAAUGUUUCAAGUAAACAACACAUUGGGAACAAAAAGAAAAGUCAGAAGAAUACUUUGUAGAAAUCAGCCGAAAAGCAUUUCUUUACAAGGCAUGGCCCUUUCAUCAGCGGCUCCCCCUGCUGGCGGCUAUGUCUGGCAGUUCAGAGGAGAAGAAGGGGUGUGGACAGAAUAUAAAACCAAUAAUGCCUGUGGAGUGGUUUGCUCAAUAACCAGUGAUGAUAUUGAGCAGAGCUAUCAACGGAAUCCUCAAGGACAACUGCAGUUUACAGCUGGCCAGUUCAGUUACAUGUUGGAUUAUUCAGCUAUGACGCAGACAAAUCUGAGAACCUCUAAAACUCGACAAGUUUGGCGUCUUCAAAAGUGACCACUUUUGCAGAGAUGGUGUUGAAUUUUCUCCAAGUUUGGAGAAAUUAUUUUAACUUAAAAUCAAGUGCAUUCUCAAUUUUAAUUAAUUUGAACAAUGGAAAAGACUUCUUCUAAAGAAAUGAAGUCAUUUGAACAUAUUAUUGUUUUUCUGUCUAUAUAGGAAGAUAGGGUUGUGUGCAAUUUUGUGAUAGUGACCAUCAAACCAAGGCAAGUGGCUGGCUCUAAACUGUGUGAUCCAGUGUACUUGUAAGCAUAGUUUACAUGGAUCUUCUCCCUUGAACUGUUAUACAAUAAAAGAGAGCAUCAAGUAGCAUGACACAAGAGCAGUACAAGAAUCAAACCAACUGGGACCACAUCAGUAGGAUAUCAUUACAUACUGUUGAUUUAGGCUUCACUGCCAGAAAGAUACCUAGACAGCACUCCAUAUUGUUUUAGGGGGUUACUUGAUCUGUAACAUUACCAGUUUGAUUUUCCUUUUAGAAAUUGGCCCCCAAUAUUGUUAUGGUUGCAGUGUUAGAAAGACAUACUAGUCCUGCACCCAUGAUCAACUCCUAAUAUUGUUGUAGAUCAGAAUUACAGCAUCAGUGCAAUCUGUUCAGACCUGAUGUAGCAGGGGCCUGGUACCUCAAAUUCCAGGCACAUGGUAUUCUUAAAGAAUAUACCUUAAAAAAAGGAAGUUUUGAAACCCAGGACUGCGUGUGGUUACCGGUUAGAUAUUCUUCUCCUGUUUUCAUAUGUGUAUGUAAGGUAAUACUUUGUGUUUGCUACAUUAAACACAUAAUUAUAUGAAUGCACCUACCCAAGUUAUGAUACCACUGCCAAAGUAAUAUUCUGUUGAUCUCAGGAAAUAUACAUACAUUUCUCAUUUUUAUAUAUUUGCUCUGUGUGAUGUUUUUUGUUAACUGAUGUAUAGAUAUGGUGGUUUGCAGAAAAUGAUAAAUAAUAAAUAAAUAAAUAAAUAAUUUAACAUUUCGAUUUUUAACACGUUUUAUGAAUUCAGUCACAUGGGUAUUGGUAUACACACACAAAACCCAAAUAUCCCUUUCAGACACGUCCUAAAUGGUCUGAUCCGUGGACUAUGUGAAACAGCUAUUUCACACAUUCGCACUUUUUGUUAUCUUUGUCUGAGAAGAUUAGUCAUACAGUCAUCUGAGAGCAAACCCAAAUGGAUGGAACCUCCAAAAAUGUUAUUACCAAAACCUAGAAAAGGUUUCUAAAACAUGAACCAAUGUUUUCGGCACAUCCAUAUUUAUUUUAAAAAAUAAUAACUAAACAUAUAUGAAAGUUCCAAAAUAGUUUUUAAUACCAGAGCCUAAAUAGUAUUUUUUUUUAUUAUUCAAAAAUCGGAAAGUCCAUGUCUCUUAGCAGCAUCUUAUUCAGACUUGCAAAACUACACCACUCUCAUUCACAGUACAUAAUAUGAAGACACAUCACUGUACAUUUAUUACAUCAUAACUAUCUGAAGCCUCAUUUUAUAUACGAAUAACUUUUUUUUUUUCAAAACAGAUGUUAAGUACAACUAUGUCAUGCUUUGACUGUUCCCUUUUCAUUCUAAUUAUACAGAAACCACACCAGACAUUACAGUAAUUACAAGACAAAUUUAUAUGACAAGAUAAAAUUGAAUGCAUUGUAGGGAUGUCAGAGAACCAUUUUAAAAUUUUACAAGAACUCUAUUAUUGGAUGCACUGAAGUCACAGGCUCUCCGAUCAUACCUUACUGUCAGUAACCAACUAAGAAAUACCAAAUGCGUUGAUAAAACCCAGUUCUUGAAUUCUGCUAAUGUGCAGUGACAUCCCAAGGUUUUUAAAUAUUUAGUGACCUUCACCAAACAAGACAGAUUCAAUCUGGAAAAAUAAAGUGUUUCACAACAGGUGUAAAAUAGAUAUCUGAAACAAAUAAUGAACUUGCAAUUAUUAUGCAACACACAUUUCUGCAUUACUCAGCAUUUGUUGAAGCAGAGUCGUGAUAAUGUAAGUGCAUGCCAUUUUAUUGCAAAGAUUCACCAUGGAUAUUUUUAUUCACAAUUUCAAUGACUAUCAAUACUCUGUGUAUACCCUAAUAACACACAAAAAAUUCUGUUAUUUAAAAAAAAAAAAAAAAAAAAAAGUAAUAAGUUUAUAUAUUUCAUUCACUUGAUACGUCAAAGAUAUGUGUAUGCGUUUAAGAAUGGCUUGUCAUUUUCCUCAUUGUAGAAGUUCUCUAAUUAAAACUGAAAAUAAAAUACCCAAAUAACUUGCAAAUGUCAGGAGUUUUUAAUAACUUAGGGCACGGACAUAUUAAGAUGUCAGUAUCUUAAACAGAUAACCGUGCCCACAAAACAAAUUCAAUACAAUUAAGGCUCAACUGUACCCGAAACAAUGCGCUUGUACAAUUACAGCUAUACCUCAAGGUAAGAUGUCAAACAAAGUCUAAGUUUUAAUUGUUAUGAAAGGAUUCAAAAGUGGUAUGUUGCCAUACAGAACUGUUGUGGGAUAUUAUAUUUAGGGCUUCUGAAUGUUCGGUUUUAACCGAUAAAAAACCCAAUACAAAAAAAAUGAAAUCACUGUAUAACCAAUUAACACUGGAAAAACUGUUGAAAUAGUUAAUCCAGUCAAGCUAACCGCCCCUUACCCGUUAAAAAUAAAACAAAUAUCCCUCCUUCCUGACUUGUAUCUAUAAUUUAUUCACUCUGAAUACUUUAAACCCACCCCAACUACUGAGUGACUGAACAUUCUUACAUUUCUAUUGGGAGACUGUGAGAUUUAAAAGGUGAUUACAAUUAGGAAUGGAGGCUUGGUUGUGCGAUUUAAUGUUGUAUUACAGUUAAAAUACACAGGAUCUAAAACAG